AUGGGAUGGGAUGGAGCGGAGCGGGGUGACAUGGGACGGGGUAAAGCUGGUCUCCCCCCCUGCUGCCACUCGGCAGCAUCUGGGGAGCGGCGAGGAGCGGGAGGGUCGCCCCGCGCACGAGAGGGGCCGCGGGGCCGGCGCUGCCCGGGGGCCCCCGUCGGGGCGGAGGCGGCCGGAUCAGCCGGGGAAGGAGCGGGGUUACGCGGGGUCAGCUCCGUCCCCGCGGCCGGGCUCGGGGCGGCCGGGCCGAGAGGAUGCGCCGGGGCUCGGCGCUCCGGUACGGGCGGGCAGGAGCUGCCUCGGCCGCUGCCCGGAGCAGGUGGCGGCGCGGAAAGGCCUCCUGGAAGUGCCGAGUGGGGGUCGGGCGGGCGGCUCGGCGUGAAGCCGGGCUGGAAGCGCCCCUGCCCGCCCUCCCAGCACCGCCCCGGGCCGGGGCUCCGCUCCGGGUGUUCUCCGGGGCAGCGCUGGCGCAUCUCGCCGUUCCCGUCACGCCGCAGCCCGCGGGGCCGAGCGCGGUCGCUCCCGCCGGCAGCCGGACCGGAGCCCCCGGCCGCCCCUUCCCCGCUCCGCGCCGGGCGGGAGCUCAUCCCCGGCCUCUCCCUGGGCCCUGCCGCUGCCUCGGCGGUGCUCUGGCCUCCCCCGGAGCCCCUCGGCCCUCGGAGCCCUCCGCCCCCCGCCUGGAUGCAGGGGAGGAGGCUGGGCUCGGGAGAUGGGCUGAUGCUGAUGAGGAGAGGUGAUUCACUGCUCAGCGCAUGCUUCUCUGCUCCACGUCACAAAAGCACCUGUUAG